CGCGAGACUGCGGCGAGACGAGAGCUGGCCAGACUUUUUGACCGGUCCGAGAAUUCGCUCUUCACAGCGCGAGAGAGGCGAGGUGAUAUCUCAAUUGAGUAGUUAGACGGUCGGCUCUUCUGUGCGGCUCACUGCGAUCAUCGUUCAUUUUGCGGCUCAGAGCUCAGUUUUUAAAAGUUUCUAAGCCAUCUCCUAGUGCGGGAUAAACCAGCCGCUAGUGACUACCCCAUAUUUGAUCCCCUCUAACAACGAAGUGUCGAGCGCACCCAGAAAUGGCAAGUCUGGUCAUGAGAAACACGGUGCUGGUGCUGGUGCUAGUGGUGCUGCUGGGCGCCCCGAGCUCGGCCUACUGGAAGAAGUGGUACAACAGCGAGUCCCCAAAGUACUGGAGCCUGAGGAGUGGAGCGUGUUCGGGAUCUGGCCAGCCGUGCUCCAGAGACAAACGCUGCUGCCAUCACCACGACACCUGUCUGACGUCACGACAGGAAGUCUACGACUCGCUGGUCGUGACAACUUUCUGCCGAGAUGUGAGACUGGACCAGGAGUAUGGCGCCCCACUGAAGGAGGACGGUCAACCAUGCAGCGACAGCAUCCAGUGCCAGAACAUGUGUUGCCGUGAGUACCGUGGUGCCGGCUUCGGCGUGCGUGCGGUGUGCGGCACACAAAGCGACAGCAUCAUGAACUCGUACACCUGCAUCACCAGCGCACGAUAAAACAAAACCUAUCCACCUUUUUGUUUUUACCUCUCAUAUCUUCUACACAGCAAGCCGCCAGUUCCUUGCAGUAAAAAAAAAACAUUAAAAAAUUAAUCAACGAAACAAUUUAAAGGUUUUGGAAAGCUUUUGUUAGAAAUAAAAUAAUAUUAUAGAAAUUAAUUAUUUUAUCUCGAAUUUUUAGACUUUUAAACAUUUAAGUUCAUAAUUUUUUAUCAUUAAACGUGUAUUUUGA